AGCGUCGUUAUAUAAAGUAUUAUGAGGUGGAGAAAAUUGCCGCAUUUGGGCGUGCAGCUGUGUGCAUGUGACCACCGAUCAAAAACCCUCCAGCGUAUAUAAAAAAUGACCGUACUUCUCUGCACUCUGGUAUUGGCACACGGCGAGAUCUCCACCUUUAAAUGAUCACUCUCAAGGCCUUUCUGAUCAUAUACUUCCUGGGAGGAAUUACGCUAAUUCCCCUUGGAGUUGGCAUUGCUCUAUUUCUGAUUUGGCUUUUCCACCACCACUUGCCACCGCUUUUUCACAACAGCGACACAAGGAAAGAGGAAUCACGGCCACUGCUGGACGCGAAAGAUGAAGUGCUUGAACACGCGCAAGCGGAUGGAAGACAGUAUCGACGGGGAUGGAUUCGGAUCCGUACAGAGUUUCAACCCGACGAUGCUUCCGCUAGUAUCAUGUCUGGUAUUCAAUCCUACGUAUCGGGAAAAUCUACGCAGAAGAAACGCAAAGAAAAGUACUAUGCAUUGCUCAAGUUUGGCACGCUAUUUCUGUUCGAUGGUGAAAAUGAUUCCGAAUGUAAAUUGCUCAUUCCGAUCCACAACUAUCAAGCAUCGCUGUAUCCGGAGAAGUUGUUAGAUCAUGAAGUCUACGCUCGACCGAAUGCUAUUAAACUCACCCGCAUCGGCCCCAAAGACCCUGAAAAAGUCACUCUGGCAUCGGCUCCUGUCGCAGAUCAGAAGAAGUCGACAGCAAAUGAAGAGGAUUUUGCUGCUGGUGAUGUUUUCUACAUUUUCUGUGACCGACCUAUCGAUAAAGAAGACUGGUACUUUGCAUUUUUGGAAGCAAACAGUUCAAUGCCGGAGGACCCAACUCUUCCAAAUAUAGAAUAUGUGGAUAGUACACGCUUUGACCAAAUAGCCCUUAAUCAGCUUAUCAAGACCCUGCAGGAAGACUCUAGUCACCGUCAUGCGCAAUGGUUAAAUGCCAUUCUUGGCAGACUAUUCCUUUCGAUUUACAAGACAGAGCGCAUUAAUGAGCUAAUCUAUCACAAGGUUUCCAAAAAAGCAAGGAAGGUAAAGAGACCUGGCUUCAUCGGAGAAAUUUCAGUGCAGAAUGUCAAGCCAGGAAAUUCGUUGCCUUAUAUCACCCGACCCAAACUUUUGAGUAUGAGCCAAAGUGGCGAGCUACAAGCACAGGCGAACAUUCACUAUGCAGGAAGCUUCCGCCUUGAGAUAGCUACUGACAUUACUUGGAGCUAUUCAUCCAUGAUGAAGCCUAUCAAAGUCCAUGUUGUGUUAUCUGUCAUCCUCAAAAAAUUGACUGGUAAAGUAUUGGUGAAAAUUAAAGCACCACCCACCAACCGUAUUUGGAUUGGUUUCUAUGAGGCUCCACAUAUGGAAUGGAAGAUUGAGCCAAUUGUCUCCGACAAGCCUAUCAAGCUCACCAUGGUCACAAAUGCUAUUGAAUCCAAAAUUCGUGAGUUCAUGAUCGAAAAUAUGGUGCUUCCAAACAUGGACGACUUUCCUUUCUUUGAGACUGAUGGGCUUGGUGGAAUCUUUGGAGAAAAGGAGGAGAGGACAAAGGCUACAAAGAAGCAGCAAGUUGAGGAAGCUCAAGAAGUGUCCCAGAACGUUGAAAAGAUUGCUCAAGAUCUACAGGCAGAAUCAUUUACGACAUCAUCUACACCUUCUACUGAAUUAACUGACGACAAUAGUAUUAUUUAUCCUGAUAACCAAAGCUCCAUCAGCAAUCGGUCAAGUACUGGGUAUGACGACCUUGGUGGACCAUUUGACCAUCGUUCACUACCACCAAGAUCUGCUACUGAUAAAGACCUCUUGCAACCAAGAGAUUUGUCCAAAAAUCUAAUGAACGACCGUAAAGCAUCACGAUCUGCACCCAAUCUAUUCGGAACAAUGUCUUUGUCACACGAUCUACCAGCUCUAUCUUCAGAGACUGGCACCAUUCACUCUUUUGAGUCAACUGAGUCACAAGAGACUUUGGAUUCUAACCAAGAGGUCGAUACACCGAAGCGAUGGUCCUCGACCCUUUCUAAACUGAAGAAGCAUAUCAUUAAGGAUAACAGUGGAGACAGCGAUCAAGGUGACUUGAGUGGUUCUGAAAAAUCAGAUAAAUCAAAUCGUCGAUUGUCAGAUAACGGAUCGCAAGAUGGUCAAGAAAAGUCACGUUCUCGUUCCUCAACACUGAGCAACAGCGAAGGUCGCAAUAGGAGCAGUUUUAUUAGUCGUAUGAAUGGAUAUCUGGAACAGAAACUGAAUGACGAUAAUGACACAAAUACAGUGACAACCGCCAGCACUAAUGAAGUUGGAAAACGCGCAGCGUUACGAGCCAUGGCCGGUAACCUUAUUAUCAAGGGAAAGGAGAACUUGCAAGAAUUUCGCGAACGACAUCCAGACAACAAGAGCAUACAGCUGAUCGAAAAAUUAAGUAGCAAGGACAAACUACGAAGUAAUAGUGUUUCGAGUCAAGAUAGAUCUUCGGUAUCAUCGCUUGAAAUACCGCCACUUUCAAAUACGUCUACCGCUCAGAGGGAUCGUUCAGCAACCUUUAGCGUCUCGUCUUCGGCUGAUACUCAACCAAUUAGUACUUCUAAGAGCACUGCAAAUGAUGCUCCGUUGAUUGAAUUCCAAGAAGAAGACCUGGAGCCCACGGCGGCAUCGCCUGCUCAAAAGUAUAAGCAGCGAGCCUCUGAAGCGUUGGGCCGACGUGAUAGAGAAUUCCAAGAGGUUGUACCAAUUGUUGUUGCGAGUGACCAAACGAGCGAUGCUUCAAGAGAAUCCAAUACGACUCCAACCUUGUCAAGUGUUACCAAAAGUGCAAAGACUGACAUUGUUGUGCAGCCUGAAGUAAAACAUACGGCCCGGUCCAAUGGGCAGUCGGAUGCAGUGUCAGAACCCAAUAAAUCAAAAUUGGAGCAUGCACCUACCGCACCAACACCGUCUACGAAGUCCCGUCCAGUACCUCCACCUCCUGUUCCUCCAAGAGCACCAACCUACGAUGAAGUAUUGGACUCGCCGAAGCGUACGAAUCCAGCCUCAAAUGCCACGACGGAGCAAGCACCAGCAGUACUUCAAUCAAAACCCAAAAGACCACCACCACCUGUACCUCCUAGAAUUGUCGAGCAACAUGCAAAGAUUGAAAAACCUGCUUUACCUCCUCGAGAAUUGCCAAAUGGUACUCAGAACAAUUAAGUUCACCGCUACUAACUGGUCUUGAACGCAACAGAUUUGGAGAUACCCGUUGAUUAUUUUGACAUCAAUCUAAUGUUCAACUCCAUGGAUUUCUAGAUAGAGUCAUUCUGUACAUUGUAUGUAAAUGUAAUCCCCAAUUUAACUGAAUAUAAAGUGAUUAUAGUUGUUGAAGACAUG